AUGGCAGAGACGCCAAAACAUCUCGAGCCGUCCGCGCUCGGCACCCGCGAAUACUGGGACAAGCUCUACACGACCGAAAUCGCCAACCAUGCCGCCAACCCCGACGACAUUGGCACCGUCUGGUUCGACGACUCGGACGCCGAGGACAAGAUGCUCGCCUUUCUCGCCCGCCUCGCCGGCUCCCCCGACGAGUCCGACUCUGAAGACGAUGCAGAAGCCGCCGAGGAUGCGCCGACGCCCACGUCCGCCACCGUCCUCUCCAAGGCCACCACGUCCUUUCUCGACCUCGGCUGCGGCAACGGCUCCAUCCUCUUCGCCCUGCGCGCGCGCGGCUGGCGCGGCCCCCUCGUCGGCGUCGACUACAGCGCGCACUCGAUCCGCCUCGCUACCCAGGUCGCCUCCGCGCGCGGCCUCUCCGACCACAUCCGCUUUGCCGAGUGGGAUCUCCUCCAGGGAACGCCCCUCCCCCCACCGCAGACAACGUUUGACGUUGUCCUCGACAAGGGCACCUUUGACGCCAUCUCGCUCAGCGACGCCACGGAUGCCCAGGGGCGUCGCGCCUGUGAGCGGUACAAGGCGCGUGUGCUGCCCCUACUCGCCGAGCGUGGCCUGUUUCUGAUUACGAGCUGCAACUGGACGGAAGACGAGCUGCGUGGCUGGUUUGCGGGCGGGGACAGUGUCGACGGCGCCGCCCUGGAGGAGGCGGGACGGGUAAAGUACCGCUCGUUUAGCUUUGGAGGCGUCUCGGGUCAGACGAUAAGUACCUUGUGUUUCCGUAAGAUUUCGGCCCCGGCAUCUUCCUCUACAGAGCAAGCUGAACCUGUACAUACACGAAUGCAAACAUAG